CCUUUGGGACAGCCAGUCAGCUUUUAGAAUACAAAAACAAUCAUAGCCCCUGCACUUAAGGCUCUUCCUUCCCCGUUUGAACACCAAUGUCUGUAUAUAAAGCACAACAGGAAAUAUUGGAUCUAUACGGGUAUGUAAUCUUUAUCACAAUUGCUCAACCAAAACAGGAACCUACAUUCUUGCAAAGCCGCAAGUCCUUUUACUGGUGACAUUUGAUUAUACGCUUGAAUUUUACUCAUCAUGCCUACAGAGUGAUCCCAUGGGAAGCAGAUCAGAUGGUCUCCUAGGAGGACCGUCAGGGCCUGAGAGAAGGAAGCCACUGGCCAAUGACAACAGAGCUAACCCCAUCCGAAAAAGCAUCCGUUACCCUUGGAGACUGGUCGAUUGGCCAGUGACUUUUGUGAACAGCACCCACUCGGACAGUGCCAUUGUCCAUAAAGAGAUUGUUGGGAGAGAAUGCCUCUUCUACGGUGCUUUCAUUGGUGGAGAGACGCGGAAUGUGGAAUUCAAGCAAGGCAGCGGAGAAUACCUGACGACAACGCUAAAGCAUCAUUUGCGGAAGUACACCUGUGCUUUUCUCAACAGUGAAGGGGGCAGUCUCUUCGUGGGAGUUGAGGACAACGGCUUGGUGCGUGGCGCCAAGUGCGACCACAAGGAAGAAGACCGAAUUCGCCUGCUGACGGAUUCUCUUUUUAAAACCUUCAAGCCCCAGGUUUUCCCUACCGCCUACACGCUGAGCUUCAUCCCAGUCAUCAAAGCAGAAGACACAGGCAUCUUUCUCAAAGUCAUCCGGCUGAGCGUCCAUCCUCCCAAGCCGCACGCAGAACCUGUCCUGUAUGAAACAGAUCAGGGGGAGGUGUACCUGAGGCGAGAUGGCAGCAUCCAAGGACCCCUCUCUGGAAGCGCUAUCCAAGAGUGGUGCCGGCAGAAAUGGACCGAGGAAAUCAAGAAGCUGGAAGUGAAAAUAGGCGACUUGCUGAAGGAGAAAGAAAACCUGCAACGGCAGGUACGUUCGCAGAAUAACAGCACGAAAUGCUGCGUCAUCUUGUAACGUUAAGCCAUGCCAUCCAUAAUCAGCCUGUAGGACAGCUUACAUACCUACCUGGGCAAAGAAAAUGCGGCCCAGUUAAAAGCUUGAAUCUACUUACGGUCAUCUUGUGCCAGGAGUAUGGUGGCCAUUAUUAGGUUCUGCUUCGCUCUUUCCAAUACAUGGAGAGUAUCCCUAUUGCAACCAACGUUGGAGAAAGCAAUUUUUUCCCUCCUCUGUUUGGAUGUGUGUGUGUGUGUGUUAUCAAACCAGUCAGGUUGACGAAAGUGAUGGAAAUCACCUUUUGUACAUGCAUUGUUGUGCAUCAAUACAUUGCAUGUUAUGGGUAUUUAAAGUGGGGGGGGGAACAUUGUUGUUGUUAGUUGCAAAGUCAUGUCUGACCAAUCGCGAUCCCAUGGACAAUGUUCCUCCAGGCCUUCCUGUCCUCUACCAUCCUCUGGAGCCCAUUUAAGCUCACGCCGACUGCUUCAGUGACUCCAUCCAGCCUCCUCGUUCUUCUCUGCUGUCCUGUUCUUCUUUUGCCCUCAAUCUUUCCAAGCAUUAAGGUCUUCUCCAGGAAAACAUUAUUUGCAACUAUAUUAACAUGGCAAUUUCCCCAUUAUCCCACCCCCCUUCUCAAACCUGCCCUUUCCUCUGCCUGUUUUCACUGUGUGCCUAUCUUACUGCUAUCGGCAAUUCUCUCCUUAGAAACAAAAAACAGGAAGUUAAUGCUGGGCUGUUCGAGCAGGUUAAAAGUCCAAACUUGGAUGAUGGCUAGUAUUCUUUAACUCAGGGAUCUCCAACCUUGGUUCCUUUAAGACUUGUGGACUUCAGCUCCCAGAGUUCCUCAGCCAGGUUGGAGACCCCUGCUUUAACUAACAUCCACCGGCUGGCGACUGGAGAGCACUCUUGAAGCUUGACUUGAGGCUCAUGAUUUAAUUAGGGCAUCUGUCGGAACCCGGAGACCAGCAUUUAUAUGGCUGCUUGUUUCCGAUUAUAAAAUAAUAGCGAUCUCCUUUCCGUGUGUUUAAGGAGCAGCAGCCAAGUUAAUCCCUUGAGUAACCAUUAGGCAAAGGGUCCUAGGAAGUUUUCAGUUGGCCCGUAGGGUGAUUUGGGGACAGUGGAGUUGGGAUGCUACUGUUUCUUACCAUUAUUUUCUAGUAUUCCAGGUAUAAGGUCAGCAAUAAUCAGGAGCAGUGGUGGGAUUCAAAUGAUUUAACAACCGGUUUUGUGCAUGAAUGAAUGGCUGGGUGGAAGCGGCCAUGGUGGACGUGGCCAGGAGGUGUGACAGGCAGGCCUCCCUCUACUUACCAGGGAGCCCAAAUGGGGUGUGU